ACGCUGUCUCCAAACGGACGCGCGGCGUUGAGCGCGUUUGAGCAGCCAGGCGGCCAGUGUGCAUCCCGGGACGCAACAUCAGUGUAGUUUGGGCUCAACUUUCAGCUGAUCGCUUCACUUCGGACACUUUGGGGAACUAACAACAAUGGGCUGCUUUGAGUGCUGCAUCAAAUGUUUGGGCGGGGUGCCGUAUGCCUCGCUGGUGGCUACGAUCCUCUGCUUCUGUGGCGUCGCCCUGUUCUGUGGAUGUGGCCAUGUGGCUCUCACUGGCACCGUGACCAUCCUGGAAACCUACUUCUCCAAGGUCACCAGUGAUCAUGCCAUGCUGACGGAUGUAAUACAGCUGAUGCAGUAUGUCAUCUAUGGCAUUGCCUCGUUUUUCUUCCUGUAUGGGAUCAUCCUGCUUGCCGAGGGCUUCUACACAACCAGUGCAGUUAAAGAACUGCACAGCGAGUUCAAGACCACCAUCUGUGGACGCUGCAUCAGUGGAAUGUUCGUGUUCCUCACAUACAUUCUGGGUGUGGCCUGGCUCGGUGUGUUCGGCUUCUCCGCCGUGCCAGUCUUCCUCUUCUACAACAUGUGGUCUACCUGCGCCGCCAUGAGUUCUACUGUGGCCAACCUCACCAACAUCGACUCCAUCUGUGUGGAUGUUCGUCAGUACGGUAUUAUCCCAUGGAACGCCACACCUGGCAAGGUCUGCGGAUCUACGCUAGGUGACAUCUGUAACACCAGUGAGUUCUACCUGUCUUAUCACCUAUACAUCAUAGCGUGCGCCGGGGCAGGAGCCACUGUGAUCGCUCUGCUGAUCUACAUGAUGGCUACCACUUAUAACUUUGCCGUUUUGAAGUUUAAAAGUCGAGAAGACUGCUGCACUAAGUUUUAAACUGUUUUGAGAGCACAGGAGUACAUUUGCUGUACUCUAUAUAGAGGCGGUUGCCACUGACACAAAAAAAUUGAACUAAAAAAACAACCAGAAAAUAGGAAAACCAACAUCUCUCCAUUAGUAAUCACACACGUGUAAAUAGCAACUGUUUGCUUCCUUUAGUAUUUGGUACCCAGGAAUAUUGCUUGUCUAAGGACACCGGUGAACGUUGUCUUCAGAUUGGGGCGGUGUUUUGUUGGCUUUUUUUCUGCUUUCUUUGGCAUCACUUUUUUUAUAGAAAUCCAUACAUUUUUUUUUAUACAUUUGUAAUGCUUGAAGCUGAUUUCGACCUGCAGAGAAAACCUUACAGUAUUUAGCUUGCAGAAUUAAUGGACGAGCACCAGUCGACUCCAGUCAGAACUCUUGAGGCACUUGUGGACCUCUAUGUAGCUACAGGCUGUAAGACAUACUGCUAGAAAUGAUCCAAGAUGGACAUGAGGCCAUACACACUGCACCAAGCACAUAUAGAUGAACGGAAUACAGCUUUGAAAUUAGUUUGUGAGGACAUCUGAUGACAAAUAUACAAGGUGUUCUCAGGCUUUGUUUUUGAAUGCCAGAUUAUCCGCUUUGGUGAGGAUGCAUUCUAGUGUUACAUCUGUAAAAGGACCCGUUACAUAGUGCCUUGUCCUUAUAUUCCUUUGGUUUCUUUCCUUAGCCUUACAAUGUUGCCACUGACCCCUGAAACAAUGAAGUGUUACACAGAACAUAUUCAGUAUUAUUUCUUUAGUCACAAAUUAGAUUCUAAACUGAACUAAAACCCUUUCAUCAACUGUAUUCUGCUGAUGAAUAUUAUGGUGAUCAGUUGUGUUUAUUGUAGAUUUCAAAGUAACUGCACAUACCUAGCACAGCACACUAUGAAGGGUUAGGCCAGUACCAGGGGUAUACUUCUGCAUGAGGCCCUAAGCCUCACUUUAAUUCCAUGUAUUUUAUAAUUAAAUAAGAAAUUAUCCUUUUUUUAGAGUAGAGUUAAUGUGGUUUUUUUUCUUUGAGGGCUGAUGCUGGUAUAGCCUCAGCUAUGAAGUUGAUGUUUUGUUUCCGACAUUUUUUUCUUUUAUUCUUUCUCAAAGUGCCAUUUUGAUCUUAACACUGAGCCUGCAUGCUUAUUUUUUCAGAUUCUUUGAUCUGUUUAGAGUUACUUAUACUCCAUAUUUCAUAUAUUUAAUUUUCUCCUAAGUUUUUGAAGACUGUAGCUUUUACUUUCUAUAUAAAAUAAACAAUCUUUGUUUACA